AUGACAAUGUCCGAUUACAACGAUACCUUGGUGACCUGGUGGAACGGAACUAAAAAACUAGAGUCUUGGGAUUGGAGAGUGGAGCAUGAAAACGGGACAGGGAACGCCAAGAGCGAGAUAAAUCUUGUACUGUCACGGUAUGAUCUAGGAGGUACAUUACACUGUAGAGUCAACAGUACAGCAGUACAGGUCCCUAUCCUGGCCUCUGUACAGCUAAAUGUCGAAAUUCCUCCUCUUGAUCUUGUACUGCAGCCUGUACAUCAACAUGUAGAUGAAGGAGGAAGGAUUACUCUUACAUGUACAGCAGUACAGGGACGACCUGCCCCCUAUGUAUACUGGAACUCUGAACCUGAAAUCAAGGAACUGAAAGAUGCGAAAGAAAGAAAACAGAAAACAAACCAUACUUACAGCACAACUAGCACGGUUACUAUAAAAGCAAGAAGAGAGCUGGCUAGCAUCUCCUGCUUUGCCUCAAAUAAAGUAAUGGACGAUAAAAAGAUUUCUCACCUAUCCCGUUCUGCAAAUCUAAAUGUGAAAUUUCCACCAGAGAUUUCCCGGAAGGGUCGAGCUACAGAUGAAAUCUAUAAAGUUUUAAAUGAAAAUAUUACUUUAAUCUGUCCAUAUACAGCUAAUCCAAACCAGGUGAACGUGAGUUGGUACAGGAACAGUGAACUUUUAGAUUUUGACAAAUUUAAUGUCAAAUCUCUAUCAUCAGACAACUCUAAAAUAACUCUACAAAAUAGUAAGUCUAGUUUGAGUGAUAUAGUUGAUAUAGUGUCUGUAUAUGUGGAAGAUGUUCCUAAUGUUCAACUUACAUUGUUUCCUCUCAAACCUAUUAGUGAGAACUUAAAUGAGAAUGUAACACUGCGCUGCGCUCCACAGCUGCCUGAUAAACAGCUGAUCUCCGUAAAAUGGUUUUUAGAUGGAGCUCUUCUUAAACAACUUCCAGACUGCAGGAACAGGAAGGGUGAGAAUAUAACUAUCAACUGUACCAUGAAGGACCCAGGAAACCCGGAGUUUGUAAAUUAA